CCAAGAUGGCGGCCAUGUCACGAGAAGGUCAGUUGUAUUUUUAUUUUUAGAUUUCGAUUCUUCAGUAAAGCGUUUUUCCUAUAAUCGCGGUCAUUAUAAUAUGGUGUCUUUGUACUCAAAUCAAUUUUCUCUUUAUACAGUGUCAUGGUACCAUCAGAUGAAACAUCUUCGUCUGUGGGUUAAAUCACAGCCAAAGCCAGUGUAAGCUUGCUUUAGUUUUAUAAAAACUAAAGAAGAUGUCUUCUACAAGUAGUAGUCAUCUUUGUAACUACUUCCGUUCGAUGUGGACUUCAACAGUGCAGUUUAUUGUGUCACAGGAUGAGAGUGUUAUGCGGAGACGACGCUUGUUGUUGGGGAUUGUUGUUUUACUGCUGGUGGACGUUCUUUGGGUUGGCUCGUCAGAACUGACAGAUGUGAGAACAAAGUUUUUACUAAUAAUUACUAAUUUAUUACUAAAUAGCGUACGAAAAUUACCACCAAAUAUUGAAAAGCAAACCAUUUUAUCAGAACAUUACAAUAAAAAUUAAUGAAUGUAACUAUCAUCUGAUAUUCUUGGUUUGCAACCAUGUCACCUGGCAAGACUACUAUAUACCUGCCAACUUUUUCUGAAAUAUAUACACUUGGUUUUCGUUCCUUACAUGGGUCUGAGUUAACAUAUUUUUGCAAAUUGAGUCAAGCAAGAUGGCAACAACUCACAUUUUUCAAUCAGGCGUGAGAAAUUGGCCCGCAAGCGUGAGCCGGCGUGAGAUCGAAGUUUUCCACCCGCAGGCGUGAGACUCACGCCUAAAGCGUGAGAGUUGGCAGGUAUACUACUAUGUUGAUGGACAAUACAAAACACAUAUUUUCUUUACAGAGAAUUUGUAUGAGAACAGGGUUAAAAGUUUCCAGUAGAGAGAAAUGCUUUUGUUAUUGACCACCAAGAUGUUUACCAUGAUGUUGUCACAUGUAAACCAGCUGAUGUGGUUGCUUUUAUCAGGGGCGGACCAUUAAUUAGAAAAGUUAUGGCAGGGUUGGGGAAGUUUCUAAUGGUCUGCGUAAUAAAUAGAAGUGUCCAUGGCAAGAAGCUGGUGGGAAUGUGUAAAUAACUGAUAAAUAAUCCAUUUCCCACUAUUUAUUGAGUCGGUUGGGGUUAGAGUUUGUUUCCAAUGCAGGCUACCAACCACACAACCUCUCUACCUUUCCAAAAGCAGAUCUGACCCCUCUGCUGUGGCAUUUUCAGACCAAACUGAGGCCUAAAGUCCUGAAAAAAAUUUUUUUGCAGACCAGCCCCACCCCCCCUUCUUAUCUAAGAGUGUGGAUGACUGGGUCCCCAUUAUCUCAAGGUCUGGAUCUGGCACUGCUCUGAACAAAUUAUUGACAGCUUUUACGAAAACAAAAGUUUGCUGUCCACUAGACAGAAAAUAGUUACCAUCGCUGGCAUCGCAGGGUUGUGUAAAUAAGAAGUGGAAUGUGUAAGUUAAAGAUUCUUUUACUCCCUCAUAUCUGUCAAAAAUCCAUGUUGUCCAGAUCUCCAGUAAGUCCAUGAUGAUUACAAUCUUGUUUAUGUCUUAAUCAACAUUCUCACUGCUUUUUAGCAAGUAUUUGUAGUUUUUAUGGUUUACGCAGAAUUAGGAAUUUAGUUUUCCGAUAUACUUACAUCUAGUUUGCCCAAAACCUUUUUCUUUGCAGUUUAUUUUCAAAUAUGAAGGAUUUGACAAGCCUUUUUUCACCACAUUCUUCAAGACAUCAUCAUUUAUGAUAUAUUUGACUGGAUUUCUUUUUUAUGAGCCAUGGAGGCUUCAUGGAGGCUUCAAUGCAUUACAUGCUUAAAGAAUGAAACAUCCUCAAAUGUAAGUGACAAGAAAGAACAUUAUGAUCUCUAUGCAGAUCCUUAGAUUAUUAUUUGCCAUUUGCACAGCUCCCAUAAAACAACUUAUUUAUCCCCCAAUUUUUGAAAUUUUUGUAAUAAUUUUUCCAGUUUCUUGUGAGAUGACUGUAAUACCCAGGUGGAAAUUGAAACAAAGGGUAUGCAAUUUUUGGGGGGGAGGUGGGGAGAGCAAAUAAGGUUUAUUUUGAAUGAUGUGCACAUUGACAAAUUAAACUUUCAAAAUAUAUUUUUUUUAUAUUUACGGAGGUCACCACAUUAAAAGUUCACAUGCAACAUGGAGAAUCUCUCAGUUAUUUUAAGGUCACUUAGGGCUUUCUUGUGUCAUCUCUUCAUUUUUCUUUCACUAGAAAAUGCAGCUGAUUCCUUAUCUUGAAUUACCGGUACCUCUUGUUUUGUUAAACUCUCUAUUAUAAAAUCUAAUUUAGUAACUUCUUUUUCUCAGUCAAAAUCUGUGAUCUUAACCUAAAAUUUUUAAAGCUCCCCCAAAUAUGAAACAAUUUUCCUUUCCCAGGGGUUUAAAAAAUGGAUGAACUGCUGUAGCAUUUUGUCUGGACAUUUUUUUUUCAGGUCUUGGUAUCUGCUGUAAAUCAAGACAGUGAACACACAUCUCUUUUAAACUCACCUACAUCCUCAGGGGAAACUACCCCAAUCCCAAGACCACUAAUGGUGAGUUGCAUCUUUUUAAACUUCCAAAGGAAGCCACAGUUAAAAUUCAACCAAUUUCAUUAUGCUGAAAUAGGGAGGUUUCACUUGUAUGGUGACCGUCAGUUCAUAAAAUGUUGUGCAAAGACUCUUAAUUAUAACAACCAUAUAUUAAUAAAAUAAAAGAUUAAAUAGCAAAAUAAAUGACUCUCUCCCCCCUAUGGUACCUACUACUUGUCGCCUGUUUAGGAAACAUCCCUAGAUACUCUCCCAGUAAACAGUGUUGAAAUAUCGAGCUAAAACAAAUUGAUGAAAACUAUCAGUUUCAUCUUAGUAACAAUGGUUAAACUCUGUUUGCCUGCGGCCUGUAGUUUUCAUUACUGUCUUUUGUUAAUUGUUAGAAUGAGCCAACUUUUGAAGAAAUGACAGAUGAAGACAUUUCAACCUGCCGAUCAGCUGAAGUAGCUAGUAGUUCCUUUGAAAUAAUUCCAAGUAAGUUAAAAACACAUGCCUUGGAGAGAGAUUUACCUAGACUAAGUGCUUACUAAUAGUCUGGGUUCCUGUGACUCACAUCCAACAUUGUCAUUGUUAAAAUCUUAAGUAAAUUAAUUUAACUUUUAAUCACAUGCAUGGCAUACUAUCAACUGCAAAUAUUUUGCAAAAUCAGAUAACAGAAUUAGCUAAUUUUACAAGUGAUAUAAUCAAGUGAAAAAUAUUUUGAAUAUUGGUCACUUGCUUUAAUACACUCAUUAUCUUAACUAUAUGACAGGACCUAGACGGGUGACAUUUAGCAGUGUGAGAGAAGUGCGGCAAUUAUCAGGUAAAUACAUGUAAUUUGGUUUAUUAGGGAGCUUUUUUUGGACAGUAUGUACAGCUCAAUCAUGAAAAAUUUCCAUGUUUUGAAUGGAGCAAAUUUGCAUUUUUCAGACCAUAAUUCUGAACAGGCAAGGUUGACCAGACUUCCUUACCACUUGGAUGAAGAUCAGAAACUUCCUGUCCAUCGUGUUGCUAAGGUUGCCUUGCUAUUCUGCUUACUGGUGAGUUGUAAGGCUUUUUUUGAAGUAGUCGUGGGGGUGGGGUAGGGUGUCUGUGUGAUGUGACCAAACCCUCUCUCCUGGGGAAGUUAACAAAUCAACAAAAAGCUGCAGGCGAGUGGUUUCACUACAAAGUUUUGAAUAUUUUGACGUCAUUUCCAUGGUCGAUAACUGUAGAGACUAUGAAAAGUUAAUGUCGAUUUGUUUUUUACAAUGAUAUUGACAGUUUUGACAUCCAUUUCCUUUGAAAUUUCUUGAAAAGUUACACAUACAAGACAGAGAAGAACAAAUUUUGCCACCAUCACAUCAUUUCCAUGGUCUGUAAGUUUAUCAAACAAAGCUCUUCACCAAUCAGCGCAGAAGAAAUCACCUAGUUAUUACAAAAUGAAUAUUUCUCACAAUAUUAUCAUCACUAUUUGCAAACACAUUUAGGGGUAAAAACUAGAGGUUGUGUCUCAGGGAGUUUCUUCAGUUCAUGUAGCUACAUCAGGAUUGACAAACCUACUACUACGCUACAUUUUGCUAUCAGAUUUUUGAUAUAUUUUAGUCUAGGCUCAAAGGGGCAUGGUAAAGGGGGGGUCCAAGUGCAAAAUAUGGUCGGUAAUUGGCAAAAAGUUUUGUGCCUGCACUCACUUUGUACAUAGGAAAGAAAUAUGUGGUGACUAUGUUUAACAUCUUGCACACCCCUUGCCCUUGCAAUAUUUUUUAAACAUUUACUUCCUUUGGAGUUUCUUGCAUUCACCAUUGGAGACAAUGAUCAUUAGAUUAGGGAUUAUUUUCUCUACUGACUUGCUUCUCUUCCACAGUGGUUUUGUGCUAACUGCAGUUAUCAGGAAGCCAUUGCACACACGUCACCAGCAGCAGUAAAUAUUUUGUCAUCCUCAUCAGGUAAGAUUUCUUGCUACAGGUAUUCCUUAGCCUAAAAUUAGCCUCUCAAGUAGGGUUUUUUGUUCUCUUUUUGCAUUAGCUUAGGCUCACUAGUGCAUAAUGUGUACUAUCUCAUUUCACAUCUUAGCUGGCGGUGCUCACUUAACAAGAGAGCUCCCUAACAUCUUCACAUAUUUUAUCACCUUUUAUAUGCAAUUUGGGCAUCAUUGUGGACAAAAUUCUGUGAUAUGACCAUUUAGCAGUGAUUUUCAGGUUUCUCUUUGCCAUUUUACAAAAUUAUAUAUUUACUAAUAGAUGACGUCUGGUUUUUUUUUCUUUGAAAAGUUGACUUUGUUUUCUUGUCAUGUGAGAGAGAAGUUGUUAACUCUCAGUCAGAUCAAUGCAUUUAAUGCUUCAUUUUUAAAGACAACUUUUUGAUAUAUUAAAGUAAUAGUAUUUUUUAAUUUGCUCUUUUUUUCAGGGUUAUUUACACUCAUACUAGCAUCUGUGUUUCAGAGUUCAUCUGCUGAUAAAUUCUCAAUCACGAAACUACUUGCUGUUCUUAUGAGGUGAGUUAGUUAAUAAAUGAGUAAAAAGGGGCCUUUUUUAGAUUACUGUGAAGUGAGUGGAGGGUUUCAAAGUCUAUAGCUAGGUAGUCUUAGUAUCAGGUGUAGGAGGGUCUGCUACUCAGGCUAAUAUGUAGCUAGGUUGAUUGAACACUCUUCCACAGAUAUUUACAGAUGGUACAUUUGUAUCUGUAACCAUGGCUGUCAUUAAGAGAUGGGGGCCAGGGUUUUCCCCAGCCUACUAUAAACAUGGCCCCCCUCUACUUUCGUAGGAAAAUAAAAGAAAAAUAGAACCAAAAGAAAUCCCUGGCUGUUUGAUUCCCUGCUUGCUUAUUGUAUUUACCCGGCAACUUGAAAUCUUAGUGAUUUCUUCAAGUGUAACAUUGGCUACCAGUUAUAAUAAGUAUUUGAUCUCAAUGAUCUUAUCUUACAGAAGAGUAGGGGACUGUAAGCAAUAGAACUUUUGAAGGCUCUACAACACAAUUUGUCACUGUUGAUUAAGAAGAUGACAAAUAAUAAUAAAAAAUAUAUAAUAAAUACUAAAUUAUCCACUCCCCUAUGGGGCUUUUCAGGGAUAAUGAAACAAUAGUUCAAAUAGGACAUAAUGUGUUUAAGAAUCCCAACUGGCAGGAGGCUAAACAAGUCGGCUAUUAACAAUUCAAAGUAGACGGAAGUGUGGCCAAAGAUUUGAACUUGGGACUGCCUUGAACAAAUCCAGCUAGCGGUCAGAGCGAGACUUGAACUCAAGGCUUCCAGAUUACAAGUCCACGGCUCUAACCACUUGGCAACACUGCUUCCACAUGAUGAUGAUAAUAUUAAUGAUGAUGAUGAUGUUCUUCUUCUUCUUCUUCCAUGAAACCCUGCCUCAAACAUGAUGAGGAUGAUGAUGAUGAUGAUUAUUAUUAUUAUGAUGAUGUUAUAUGAGAGAGGUGUCUACCAUAGAAUUUUACUUUAAAUCGAUAUUAAUUUUACUGUAAAUGUAUAUUUUCUUUUCAACAUGACAGCAUCACUGGGAUAGUGUUGGUGACACUUUCUGACUCCAAGAACAAAGCUGGUGGGAUAAGUGUGGGAGCGUUAUGGGCUCUGGCCAGUGCAUUUUUGUGAGUUUGUUAAAUAGCUACUCUUCUCUCUUUUUAUGACACCGCUACUUUCUUAGCAAUAAUUGUGUACUGUUGUUUACUAGGUAUUCCUGUUAUUUAAUUAUGCUGAAACACAAAGUCCCUGAUGAGAAACAAAUGGAUAUUCCAAUGUUUUUUGGUAAGCAAAAAUAAUACUUACUUAUUUUGAUGAAAAGGUGAACAGGUUGGUUUGCCUCUUCAUGGAGCAAACUUGAGCCGUGAUCUUUCUUCAUUAAUUUGGUACAGUACUACUAAAGUGAUGUCAGGUUUGACUUAUAGGGGUAGCACAAUAAUAGAUCAUUUGCACUAAGAGGUCAUGUCACAUAGUUUUCAUGAAAAUGAAAGCUAUAUGAUUUUGCCUUCAAAAAACGAUUAGUGGGUCAUAUCUUCAACAGAAUAAUAGUGAUUUGGUUUUUCAAACCCGCACCAUUUUCUUAAAAUGAGUAAGUUCCUCCCUGGUCACAUGACCAAAAUGUGAUUUUUGAAAUUAUGAUUACUUCUUUCUGAACACAAGCUUUGCACUUAAACUUCAAGGAGGAUGUUGAAAAAAUGAUGUGGUAACGUUCACAGCACAUCUGAGCGUAACUAUCAAACGUUUAACAAGAUAUAAGCAAAAAGUAGUUUUGGCCACCACAUUGGAGGGCAAGAGUAUGCCCUCCAACAUGGCGGCCAAUACAAAUCAUACUGCUUUGUUGAAAAAUCAAAGUGCCAUAAAAUAUAUCCCUUAAAUGCGUAUCCUCUCAAAUUUCGGGUGUCAGCUAAUUUUUAUGUGCUCUGCCAAUUUUUGGCAUCAGCAAUAUUCCAACUCAUUGUUUAAAGGAAGCAUUGGUCACGUGACCUCUUAGAGCAAGUGGCCUAUUCCCGAUAAAACAGUAGUUUUCAUUGUGGCCCACAAGGAUAAGAAUUCCAACUGGCAAGAAGCAAACCAGUUGGCUUUAUGUAAGUGUGACUGAAGAGUUGAACUUGAUCAACAGGUAACCAACAAUAAUUGUAAUUGGUCUUACUGCUGACCAGUCUGUAGCUGAUAUCAUACUGGUCCAUGUUGGUUGAUGAGAAGUAAAGAGGUUUUCUCCGCUGCGAUAUAUACUCUUUUCCUUCAGGCAAAUUCUUUGAAAAGUAUUUUGUAUUGUUUGUUUAUGAACAUGGCCACCUUGUCAAGUGGUUGAAAACUGAGAAUAAAAAAGUAAAGGCCAGGAACUGUAGACAAAUUUUGUGUAUGUUCGUCAUUAACAUUUCAAACCAUUUUUUGUUAGCUGGCCUUGACAUACAAAACACUUUUAACGUUUCUUCUGAUUCCGCUGAUAUCCGGUGCACCUAUUUCCCAACGGCUCUCUAACAAUAUUCUCUUAUUUUAAUCAUUGCAGGCCUUGUUGGAGCAUUUAAUUUUUUCCUUCUUUGGCCAGGAUUUCUAUUCUUUAAUUAUUUCCGGUUAGAAGUAUUUGAACUCCCCCCAAGUGCAACAGUGUGGGGCUACAUAGCUCUAAAUGCUUUCAUUGGAACUGUGCUGUCAGAAUUCCUAUGGCUUUGGUAAAUAUUACUUUAAACAUUGGUGUUUACAGUGGAUUCACGUGACUGCAGCAAUUACUUUUUGACUGCUGUGACACUGAAGUAAAAAUCAAAGCAUAUACUUGGGCCAAUCUCAGCACCCAUCUUAUUCUUAGCCAAUCAUAGUCCGAAGCAAGGACGUGUAGCGAACGUCAAAAAGCGCGGGAAAACUCGCGAAUGUGAUUGGUUGAAAAAGUAACUCGUGAUUUUUUUUAGCCAACCACACAGCUUAGCGUUGAAUAGUCAACUCAACUGCAAAAUUGCUUGUAGCACUCGAUCUUCGCUUUCACCAGUAUUGGGUCCCACAGUUUCUGAGUGCGGGUCUUACGCAUUUCAGACUUUCGUUAGUUGCGUUUCUAACUGUGAUGAUCUUCUAUACGUUUAAUUGUGUAGUUAAUUGCACAAAACUUGGACAUUUUCCAACUUAUCAAUAACAGUGUUUGCCUGAAUUGUUUCCCAGGGGUUGCUAUUUGACGUCAUCAUUAACAGCGACGCUGUCUCUGAGUCUGAUUAUACCGCUGACCAUGUGUGUCGAUGUGUUCAUGAGAAGGGUACGAAGACGCUGCAGCGGCGAAAACGUGACUGUUACAAUGAAUUUGCCUUUUCUGAAACGUCACCUCUUCAUUCAAUAAUUGCUAAGUUUUCCUCGGACUUUCUUAUUUUGUAGGUUCAUUUUUCGUGGAUGUUCUUACUUGGCACCAUACCCGCCUUUGCGUCAUUUUUUGCCGUGAGUUUACUUACACAUUAUGGAGACUGGGACCCCAUCUUGAUCGGCUUAAAGAAACUUUUGAAUAUUAGAAGACGGAUGACUAGAGGGUAAGUAAGAUGAGUUAGUAGUGAAGCUCUCACUGGUAUUUUUUAUCAACGUUUCCUCUUUUCUUCCCCAAAAUACCAGAAAAUUAAAAUCAUUUUACGUUAGUCUUGUUGAGCACUGGUCUACUCUACAGUACUUUCUUUCCGAACGCUUCUUUUUUCACUGAAAUAGUCAGUAAUGCAAAAACCUUUAUGUUGUAGCUUUUACCUUUUUUGAAAGAAUCGUGUCGUGUGACCAUUUAUAUGAAACUCCUGAGACCUGCUAUUAUUAUAGUGUCUUCAAUGGACUCAUAGCCUUCGUCGCAAGCGUUCCGUCCUAGACAGAGUUGGAACGAGAGCGAAAAAUGGGAAAUGAAGGGGGAAGGUGAGGGGAGAAUAGGAAAGUCUCCCCUCCCCCACUCCCUACUUCCAUUUUUUCUCUCGCUACCACCUUCACGCAAUAACUCGAUGGCAAACGCUUGCUGCGCAGGCUCAAUAAUGGACUCAGUGUUAACAGUUUUGUGUAUAUUAAAAUUUUUCAGGACACUGGACGUUGAGCAAAGAGAAGGUUUAAUAAAUAGCGUUCGAGAUGAAGAAAACGACUUAUGCAGCAAUAAAAAUGAACAUCUAUCUUAA